AUGGGCAUCAGGCAGUUCUGGAACGUCGUCAAUGAAGUGGGCAAGGAGAGGUCGCUGGCCCAAUGGGCCGCGGACCACCUCAAAGAACAAGGCCGGCCCCUGCGCAUAGCCGUUGACGAGGCCCAUUGGAGGUUCAAGAAUGUUACUGAUGCCAAGGAGGCUGAAAUCCAAAGGAGCUGCCCUGGUUCCCACCCUCGGGAGAAAGCCAUCCUUCAGCGCAGCCUACCGCUCCUGCGUUUGGGCAUCCAGCUACUAUUCGUGUUUGAUGGCGAAGGGCGACCGGGGACGAAGAAUGGUGUCAAGAGGCACCGCCAGUAUGAGGCAACCACUGCGCUCCUCAAAGACACGUUCGAUCAUUUCCUCGUGCCGUGGCACCAAGCCCCCGGAGAGGCUGAGGCCGAGUGUGCGCUGCUGCAGCAGAAGGGUCUCGUGGAUGCCGUUUGGUCUGAAGACGGCGACUCAUUCAUGUUCGGCUGCACCCUCCUCAUCAAGGACCUGCGAGACAGUAAAAAUCAAAAGUUCAAAGAACAGUGCCAAGUGUUCGACAUGAGGGACAUCCGAAGGAUAGGGCUCUUCAACAAAAAGAGCAUCACACUCUUUGCAAUGCUGACUGGGUGUGACUACGCUCUCGCCGGUCUCAUUGGCUGUGGCCAGUCCUUGGCCCAACAGCUGAUCAAGAACGGGGGUCUCGUCGAGGGGUUCUGGCGGAUUCAAACCGAGUCGGACGCGGCUGCUUGGCGAAGGCGUCUCGAAGAGGCGAUAGCUGGUAUAACUUCAAGCUCAAACCUGACUUUCAACAAAGAGGGAUCCAACAUCAGACGCUUCCCUGACCUCAAAGCCUUGAAGCAUUGUCGGGAACCGGUCGCAUCCGAAGCGGCAGCUCUUGAUCGUCUCCCGUGUCUGCAGGGCGAGUGGUACGGGAUGCACACGGCGGAUAGCUUGGUUGCCUCGAUGCCGUGGAUACAGGCACACUAUUUCUCGCGCAUGACCACCAUUUGGUUGGUGGAGCAGUUCAUACCCAUGACGGUCAACCAGAGGUUAUUGAGGAACGACCUUGGAGCACGUGAUCUCGUGGCAAAGGUUACGCAGAAGCGGAAGGACGGGCCAACGACCAGCGUGGAAUUUGACCCAUGCCAAGUGUUUCCUGGUAUCGAAGACGCUGUCAUCGUCACGGAAGGAAUACACCUUCUCAAUCGACGGGGCCAGCGUGAUAUGGACCGGGGGGGGCAGCCGAUCAAGAAUACGAAAUUCGACAUUCUCGAUGCGAUCCUCUGUCGGGGACUGUCCGAGACAGAGUUUCAACGUUGGCGAAAGGAGCCCAAGACGCCUCCGCCCAACAAGUUGCAUCCCGUUCAUCCACCCGCAGCCUCGCAACUUCAGCAGACGUUCCACGGCAGCAAGGCUUCCUUAGCGAAUAGUCUCUUUUCGGCUGCUCUUGGCGGGAUCGCAGACUAUUCCAUGUCGUUUGAACCAACUCCAGGGAGUGACAUGACAAGCGGACCACAGUAUCUCAUGAAAGAGCAGCAAAAAAUGCACGACGACAUCCGGUCGAACAAAAAGCAGACCCUCGUCAAAAAUGCUCGUGGGAGUAAAGAACGCUCCCAAGUUAAGACUUUGAUGAAUGGCAGCAGACUUGAAGGAACUGAGCGUCGAGUCAGUGGCAUAUCUCUGGGCUGGGCAGGUCGUCCGACCAAGCCCGACGACAGAACAAUCGGAACACCGACCGGCCCCGAUGACCUCCAGAGAAAGCGGCCGCCGAAGCUUGAUGCAGGUCGAAGUGCGGGCCGUACCGCCAACGAUACCAAAGCGAGACUCCUCAGCCUCGGACUAGACAAAACCUACAGUCUAGACGACGACGAUGAUGACGACGACGACUAUGAGAGAAGGGAGACUCCACACGAUGGCAGCAAGAAGAGAAAGUUGGAAGACCCCCCGGCAGCACAGCCGCGGCACCAGGUGCCCGGGACUCAAGGGAGGCAGGUGCUUCGCGAGAUGGAGCUUGAAUCGUCCCAGGAUUCCCUGUGGAGCGUGUCCAUCAGGACGAAGGGGGGCGGACGGAGCAAACCCGCUGCGGAGGAGCCCAUACCGGCCGAUGCCGCCGAGUCGCGUGCGGAUGGCUGCGGUAAGGGUACAGCCGACGACCCUUUCGAGAUAUUGUAGC